AUGGCAACAAACUUUUCUGUAAUGACUGAACAAGUGGUUUAUUCCUCGACUCUCCUGUUCGGCAAGUCGCCGCAGGAGUCUAUGGAGGCUGUUAAGUUGCGUCAAGUGCAGCUGAAGACUAUCAAUCACGAAUUGGCCGAAUGGCUCACCGCGUACGGCCGUUUGAAGCUCCAGUACGUGGACCAGCUCAAAGCGCUCCUCAAAAAGGGUGACACCUUAUUGUCGGGAGAGGCCAACCCAAAGCUCCAUAACAGCACCAUUGACUCCUUGGGAUUGGCUGCUCCGAUGUGGAAUAGCGUUUUGAACACUAUUCACAAGGAGGCUGAGAUGUUUGAUACUAGCACCAGAAAGAUGGGUAGAGACAUGAUUGCCCCAUUGAAGGUGUUUGGUCGUCAAAACGACUCGAAUCUGAUUGAGAUGGACGACUUGAUUUCCCUCGCGGCUUCCAUUUCCGGUCAAGAUUCCAGCGGAAACGCAAGCACCCUAAGAACUGAGUGGAGCGAGCGUGCUCCGUAUUUUUUCGAAAUAUUCGAGCAAUACGACUACAACAGACUUGUUCUGCUCAAGGACGUGUUCUCCAACUACCAAGCAGAUGUCAGCGAUGUGCUGACUGCUUUCAAAAAAGUCAACGAAACCGGUCUGGAGCACACCUUGAGUUUCAGUCCUACAGAUGAAAUUCAACGUUUUUGCGACGCGGCAGCAGCAAAGUCUUUGCCAAUUGAGCUCACCAAACAGGCUGCUCCGGUGAAAAAGGCCCAGGAGUCCGAGUUCACCAAUACUCCAAAACCUUCUCACCGCAAAUCGCGGAUUUUAAGCCUGGCAAGCUCGAAAACCGAGCCGGCCUCUCCAACGAAAUCCAGACAGCCUUCGGUGUCGUCUGUUUCGCCGGAGAAAAAACCAAAAGAGAAACAUCGGUUGAGAUCUAGAUUCGGCACUAUGUUGCGUGGUGGCAGAAAGAAGAAGAGUGACCUUGGUAGCAGCACCAUUGCCGAAAGUGAAACUUCUUCGGUCAUCAGCUCCCCAAGUAAUGCGGCUACCGCUGCCAUUGGUGCCAGUCAAUCCAGCAUUGCUGAACGGUCGGCUCCACAGCACGCUCCUGUUCCCGAGCCAGUUGCCGAGCCUGCUCAGCCUGUUCCUCCAGCACAAACACAGCCAGUCUCAAAACAAGUUCCUCAACAGAAUGCUGAAUCUGAACCAGCACGCGCUCCAACUGCCACUCCUAUUGCUAACGGUUAUCCAACAAUGCAACCAACAAAGCGGUCCAACUCAGUUGCUAGUGAACUGACCACUAACUCGUCUAUCCAGCCAUCGUACCGCGGUUCGACCAGCUCGUUUGCGUUCCCAUCUUCGGGAACAGCUCCGACCACUGCUCCAGAACCUGUACAAAAGAGCGUUGUUGCUCCGGCUCCAGUCGCAGCCCCUGAGCAUACUUCCGAGCCAGCUCCUCCUCCUGUUCCUUCUUCAAGAAAACACACUGUUCCAGAACCUGGUUCCGGUCCAAGACUUCCUCACGGAUCCGCACCUGCUCCGCCUCAGCAGCGCAGAAUCAGCACUCUUGGUAGCACUUUGGAACAAGCUCAGAUUGCGCCAAAUGCCACCGGCUCCACCCUGCUUUCUAAAACUAAUACAGGCAAUGGCGGACUCUCUAGUGGCCAGAUUCACCAUCCGAGCCUGACACAACCUGGUUUGAAUGCCUCGGUGGUGGAAAUAUACAACGCUUCCUUUAAGGACGGUCAAUUGACCAGAUCCAAUGUGAUUGGAGAAGUGGCUUUCAGUUACAUUCUGGACGAAAACACCAAAAAGAUCCCGGCCAAGAUCGAACUGAACUUGACGUCUGCUGGUCCUCUGCCUAACUUCAUGGCAAACCCUGUUUUCAUCCAACAAAGCCAAGAACAGCCUAAUCUAUUCACUAUUCUGGAUCCAUCGCAGAUUCACUUGCGUACGGUGGGUGGACUCAAAUACAUGCUUAACAGCUCCAAGCCGCCGAUUAUUGUCCAACCAAUUUGGAAGCACGAACCAAACCAGUCUACUGUGAUCAUCUCGGUCAAGCCUGCCGACGAGUUGCUGCCGUUGCUGGCUUCGAACUCGCUGGAACUGUCGAACCUGAUGGUGUCUGUGUCCAUCACCGGCGCACACUCGUCGUCUGCAGCUACCAAGCCCGCAGGAUCGUUCAACAGAGAAAAAAAUAGAGUCACGUGGAACCUCACAGGAACACCGUUUGUUUUCUCGGCGUCUCAUACAGAGGAGCGUCUUGUCGCGCGGUUUGUGACCAGCGGAUUGGCCAAAGAGGCAGACGCCGGAAUCCAGCUGAGAUUCACCAUAAAUAGUGCGAGCGGGGCAGAACUGGUGUCGCACGUCAACACCAACCUCAACAUCGAGGCGCUUGUCGACACCGUUGAGGACCCCUUCAGCUCCACCGACAACGUCGGGGACGAGUGGCGCCCUGUUGCCACCUUGCAAACCAUCAUCGCGGGCAGUUACUCUGGGCACGUGUAA